CAAAUUUGACAGGCCAUGCAGAGAAAGUUGGCAUUGAAAACUUUGAACUCCUGAAAGUUCUUGGAACAGGGGCCUAUGGAAAAGUGUUCCUAGUAAGGAAAGUAAGUGGCCAUGAUGCUGGAAAGCUGUAUGCGAUGAAAGUACUGAAGAAAGCAACAAUAGUUCAAAAAGCCAAAACAACUGAGCACACAAGGACAGAACGACAAGUGUUGGAGCACAUUAGGCAAUCACCGUUUUUGGUCACGUUACAUUAUGCCUUCCAGACAGAUACAAAGCUUCAUCUCAUCUUAGACUAUAUAAAUGGAGGAGAAUUGUUUACUCACCUUUCACACAGAGAGAGAUUCUCAGAAAAUGAGGUGCAAAUUUACAUUGGGGAAAUUGUUUUGGCACUUGAACAUCUCCACAAGCUGGGAAUUAUAUAUCGGGAUAUAAAACUUGAGAAUAUUCUUCUUGAUUCUGAUGGCCACGUGGUGCUGACAGACUUUGGUCUGAGUAAGGAGUUUCUUACUGAUGAGAAUGAGAGAGCAUAUUCCUUCUGUGGAACAAUAGAAUACAUGGCUCCAGAUAUUGUAAGAGGAGGAGAUACAGGACAUGACAAG